GUUUUAUAUUUAAAAAAAAUUUAAUUGAUGCCAAUUUUGUAUGUCAGAUUGUCUGUCAUGUACAACUGGUAUGUUUUGACUUAAUGGUAAAAAAAAGUUAAAGAAUGGUGUGUUAUUGGGUGUUGAGAUUGUUGGAUUUGGUUCGGUUGUUAGAUAUCGAUUGGGUCCUUAAUGGCGUUUUUUGUUACUUUUUAGUGGUUUGAUUUUCUUUCUCUUUGAAUAUGUUAUGGGGUGCAGAUUUUGGUGGUUUGAUGCUAAUUCUAAUUAUUUAGUUCUAAGACGUAAAGCUUUUUGAAACAAGAAUCUAUGUGUGGCAUAGUAACUUUUCAUAUUUAAAUGAAGAGAGAGAACAGAGUAAAUAGGAUAGAGAGAAGGUUGUGGCUAACUUAGCAACGUCAAUACAGAGGGUUAAUACAAACGCUUAGGAGGAAUUGAAACAACUUCCAGGCUCUUCUCUCAGAAAAAGUGUUAUAUGCAAAUCAUGUUUGUACAAGGUAGCUCUUAAAUUUGAGGCAAAGGCUGCAGUUAUGGUCUUCCAUAGUCCAUAUGAAUGGCAAUUUUACAGUCGUGGACACGCUUGGACCUAGCUUAUGGGACGUAUGGAAUUCUUUUGGGCAAUUGUGAGUCCUUAAGCAUCAACAUAGAUUCCCAAGACUGCAAGGGAUUCUUUGUGCAGAAAGACUACAAAAUGUUUCCACCUUCAGUAAAUUUGGAUAAUAUUGAUUGGUCUACAAGGAGGCUGCAAAUCGAUUUCCCUGUCCAGAAUUUUGAUGGACUCUUGGUUUUGGAGAUUGUAAAACGGGAUCUUUCUAAUGGAUUCCAAGGUGCGGGGCGUAGACUUUAUUAAACAAUGCGAUUGCCACAUCAUUUAUCAAAUCAGUUAAAAACAUUGCAUUGCAGUUUUAUUUAUAUUGAAAUGGUUUUAUUUGCAGUUGAUUAGGGUAUUUACCUUUUAUUUGCUUGAACCAAAUAAUUUCUGAAUUCAAUUAAUAUCUGAACUCAUUUGAUGCUGAAACCUUUUUUUGUGCCUAUAUGUAACUUUUUUUCCUUGGAUGGCAAGCCUUAAAAGUAAAGAAAAUUGUGUAUAUCAUACGUCCGCUAUAAGGUCCAACUGUCCAAACCAGUAUGCUUUCCUUUUCGGAAUCCAAAUGCUCGAUUUGAUUUCCUGGUUCAUUUAUGUAAUAUAUUUUAUGACAAUUAGCAUUUACCGAUGUCAUUUUGUCCCUUAUUUAGAAUUGUGAUUAAUUAAUGUAAAUAUGGUUACAAAAGUUCUAUUGGUAUAAGUCAUGUACUUUUUCUUUCAACAUUUGAAUGCGUCUUGGACAGGUUUUAAUCCAUUUAGCCCAUUUGAUUCAUUUGACUCAUUACUGUUUGAUCCAUUUAGUCCGUUUCACAUCUAUAUGCUUCACAAUUUGACCUGUUACUAAUUAAAUACAAUCCGAACCUGGCCUGUUUUCAAAUAAAGUAGUUGAAAUGCCAUAUGUAAUCUAACCAACCUAAACGAUAGAAUCUUGAUCCAUCCUUUUAAGUUGGUGUGCAUUACAUGUAUAUUAGGGUAUACUUGUGUGUACCGUACAAAAUACUUUUUUGUGUGAAAAUGAAAUAUAAAUAUUAUUGUUUGCAUCCCAUGAAAGAUAGUUUGUUAUGUAAUUUAUGAAGGUGGCUUAACAUGAAAACUCUUUACAUUAUUUCUAUUUUGAUGAAGAAAAAUGAGAGGGCCAAGCUGGUUG